AUGGUCUAUAUUAAAUUGAAAUAUUUUACACUUCGUGGUCCAAUACCUGGCUUGUCUCCACAUAUCUUUUUUGGAAAUCUUCUUCAAUCGGGUUUACUAUUAGGAAAAAGAUCAGCAUCUGAUGUCUAUAUAUCGUUCAAGAAACGGUUCGGUGAUAUUUAUCAAUAUUGGCUUGGUUUUAUGCGUUUCAUUGUUGUGCAUGAUAUUGACGAUGUUCAGUACGUUCUUACGCAUCGAAAUGUUUACGAUCAAGGGCAAGUAUCGCUUAUUGGUCUAGUAAUAACAAGUAUUUAUUCAUUUUGGUUACUAGGUUUCAAAUUCAAACGGCAUGGUACUCUUACUAUGCCGUUAUUUCGUCGUAGCAAAAUUAUUUCAAAUAUUAACACAAUUGUUGAUAGUACUGACAAACUAUUAGACAGAUGGCGUGCUAGACCACAUAAUCAGGUGCAUACAGAUGUUGUUGAACAGUGUCAAAAUCUUCUUCUUGAAAUAUUUGGAUUAAUUGCUUUUGAUUAUAAUUUGGAAACACUUGAUAAUAAAUAUUCCAGCAAUAAUAAUGAACUGACCGAAGCCCUGCUCGAUAUCAUGAGUACAUUUAAAAUGGCUAUAUAUGCGCCUAGUUUUGUAUCAAUUAUCUAUAUGAAGUUGAAUACUCGAUUUCAACGAGCAAGAGCAACAGUCGAACGACAUUUUCAUAAAAUGAUCGAACAAGAAUUGGCUGAAAGUCCAGAGUCGAGAGCACAACGAAAGAAAACUUCAUUAAUCGCAUCACUUGUGAAUUCAUUACAAGCCGAUGAAAAAGUCGAAGCAAGAAAAAAGGAGGAAGAUAAAAGAGGUCUUUCACGAAAGGAAGUUUUUGAUGAGGUACUCAUGUUUUUGAUUGCUGGUUAUGAAACGACAUCUACUGCUCUUGCUUGGUCUAUUUAUCAUCUAAGUAAACAGCAAAGAGUUCAGCAAAAAAUCAAGGCAGAACUAAUGGAGAAUAAUGGUGGUCAACAUUUAUCAUUAGAUUAUCUUGAUUCACUUAUUUAUUUGGAUUGUUUUAUCAAUGAAGUACUUCGUUAUUCUCCAACGAUUGACUCAACAUGUCGUUCAGUCACUGUCGACGACUGUCUCCCUAAAAGUGGUACUCGACUUUACAAAGGUGACCAAGUACUGAUUCCAACAUCCUCUCUCGCUCGAGAUAGGCGUCAUUGGAAAAUCGAUCCUGAAUUAUUCUAUCCAGAAAGAUUUCUUGAUGAAGAUAAAAAUCAUCAUCCAUAUGCAUUUCUAGCGUUUGGAGGUGGUCAUCGUCAAUGUCUUGGACAAGAUUUAGCUCUAUUCGAACUAAAAGUAAUUCUAGCUCGUAUGUUACAACAAAUGACAAUUGGUGAUGGUGGUCCUGAAGUAAAUGCAGGUGGAUUUAUUCAGAAACUAACUCUUAUACCUAAACAUGUUGGAGUCACUAUUGAAUUUCAUUGA